AUGGGUCGCGGACAACGCCUCCGCCGCAGCCAUCUCCGCCCCUCCCCUGCUCCGGCGCCCGUAGGCGGCCACCGACCCACGUCCCUACAUCGUCUUUCCGGCGGCCAAGAAGAUAGGGACGGGGUUCUCGUCGCCGACGAUGACAUCGACGGGUCGACACGAUCACCCGCCGACGGUGUCUGCAGGGACCUCAUCUCCAACCGCCGCCGGGCGAGGCCCAGCCAUCUUCCACCUCUGCACGCGGAACCAAAUGUCUUGGACUCAGAGGAGUUGCUUGACACUACAACACUGAAGGCUGACGACUCAUCUCUUUUGCAGCCUACAUCACCUCUCAAGGACGAACAAAUUCUGACACCUCAGCAGCGCCAAGCCCUGGACGAAGCCCAGGCUAAAGCCAAUCUGUUUCUGACUCAACCGUCUGACAGUGCUUACCAAUAUUGGGUGCUGGAAGAGCCAGAUAUGUUCACAUCCAACGAAUUGUUCAUUGCCAUGGCAACAUUGGGGGAAUCACCCAUCACUGACGCUUCCUCCAAGCGGGCACUGGUGGCGACUCACUCGCCGACGCCACCCAUUUCUGCCCGGAAACCUACCGGUUGGAAUCAUCAGUUUUUCAUCAGAGUAGAUCUUGAUCAAGUUUUCCACACGUAUCCUAAGCUAGGUGGGCCGUUCCAGAGCUUGGAGGAAGCUGAGAUGGCUAUAUUCCUCCGCCUUGAUGAACUACAGGAUCCAAAAAUGUGCACAAAUGAUGGACUUUCAUGGUCGGAGAUUGCUAUACGAGAUGCUCUUUACUGGCCAGAUGGCACAAGCCAGUAUUCUUCGAGAUCCAAUCCGGACGAAGAUCAUAUGGGCUUAUUGGUUCAAGCUUUGUUGGACAAGUACAACGAGGAGAACACGCUUUCAGGGGAUUGUGCAUAUCAAGUUGAAAAUGUUGUGAGCUUCCAAGAAGUUUAUGAGGGCGAUGCUGGCUGGUACUAUCAUCUGAACUGUACUAGAAAGACUGAAGGAAGCGUCGGCAAUCUGUUCUUUGCUGAAGUCUCGAAAACGAUAAGAGGAGAAAUUGAAGAAUUUGAGCUCACCUGUCUCCAUAUGCUUGAAUCUAUUGAUAAUGGUACAUGCUAUGGUUGUACAAGCGAAGUUAUUGGUAUGAUUCACCCCAUUGGCGCUGGUAAAUACAAAGGCGGCCACGAUCCCUCAUGGCCACGAGGUUAUGGUAGUCAUCCACUGGAUUUCCCUGACGUGGACAAAGAUGAUCCUCUGGUAUUCCCCAAGGAUGUGGAUGCUUGGAGGAAAGCGAACGAGGAAAGGAUUAGAUGUCUAUUCCAGGACGAUGAUGAGGAAAAAUCAGAUGCUGGAAGGACUCCUGCCUGUUCGGACAUGAGCCAGGGAAGGAGGCAGAAGUACGUUAUACCGGCGAGGCGUCAGUUUGUUUGAGAUGUACCUGCCUGUUUAUCUGAAGUAGCUAUGGGGCAGGUUGAACCGUUGAAGUUUUACGCGGGACUUGGAAGUGUGAAGAAUCUAAGCACAGUAGCUAGAUUGUUGAUUUCUAGCAUGUGUGGUAAAUCUAGUCCAUAAUUUGGCACUAACACAUAAUGCGUGUACGUUUGUACUGUGUUUCUAAAAAAAAAUACAUAAAAUACUUAACAUGUUGGCUUGCAUUCA